AUGUUAUUUAUGAUACUCUACAAGACACUGGUAAACUGUGCAAUACCUGAACAAGAGGGUGAAUCAAAUACAGUGCAGAAUAAAAUAAUCGAAUCUAAUGAUUUAAAUACAACAGAAACAAUGAGAAAAACUAUUGAAAAAACCAAGCGAAAAAUCACAUUGCAUGAACAACACAUUGAUGCAUUUGAUCACAGAAUUAGGACAAAUAGGCAAGAGAUGAUUUUAUCAAAGAAAAUAAUGCAAAGCACACAUGAAAUAAUCACUAAAAUACACGAAUUCGAAUCAAAUAUGAAGAAAGUAAUACAAAAUGAACAAAACAAUAUUUUCACCAUUAGUAGUGGAAUUGACAGAUUGAUUUACGAGGAAAGUGGUGAAUUUCUAAAAAUGUUGCCUGAAUUCAACUUUUUCUCAAGACGCAAAAAUGCGAGUGAAAUAAGCAAUGACUUCUAUGCGAUCAAAACCACGAUAUUGAAUAAUCAGAAUCAAAUAUGCGUCUCUUUGAGAAAGAACAUUGACUCCUAUGCAUUUCAAAUUGGUAAAUGUGCAAUCAAAAGCAGUCGAACAAAAUAUAAAGUGGAAAGGAUGAAUUGUCGCCUUAAAAAAGCAUCCAAUAUGAAACAUGGCCCUUGUUCAUAUUGCCCCAAUCCAAAUAAUACCCAAUAA